AUGGAGAAAGAUGCCGAUAUCCUCAGUAAAUAUCGAUUAGUGACAAACAAGCUGAAAAAACGUUUUCUGAAGAAGCCAAAUGUUGCCGAGGGAAGUGAGCAGUUUGCGGCUUUGGCAAAAAAUUUACGGCGCCAAGAAUGUCCUCAAUAUUCUGGCUUUUGCUGUCUAGCUCAAGCAAGAUGCGAGCACACCUUGGCCAAUGCAGCAGGGGAAGGCCAAGCUCUCACCGAGGCAGCUCGAGCAUUCCUAGAAGCAGAGAUGGCAAAUCGAGAUCUGAAAUGUCCAAGCUUUGAAGAACAUCUAUCAGCCUCAAUUAACUGUUACAGUCAUGCAAUUAGAGUUCACAUUGAACACAAACAACCCGCUUUGGGGGCUGCUCUAUGCAUGGAACUAGGAGAUAUAUUAAUGUCUUUAAGCAAACCAAAUGAAGCAAUGGGACAUUAUCAAAGAGCUGCUGAACUUCAAUCUCAAAAUUCUCUUGACUGUUUAGAUGCAUUGGGUCAUGUUGCUUCCUGCAAGAUCGCCACACGUGACUAUGAUGGGGCUCUGGCUGUACUCACAGAAAUGAGUUAUUUGGCACAAGAAAGAGGAGGCACAGCAUUGAGCAGUAAGCCUGUUGGAGCAUAUAGUGAUAUUCUAGCUCGAUGUGAAGUAACCAGAGUCCUCCUCCUCAUGUUAUUACAGCCAACUCCCCAGCGAAUCCGACCUGAACAUGCACAGACAUUGGAGAAAUAUGCAUGGGAAGCAAAUGAAGAUUCUUAUGUUGUGAAUUUUCUUGAUGAAGAUAUCUUCUUGUUGUUACAGUCUGUGGUGAUGGCUUGUCAGUCAAGAGAUCUUGAUUCACUGCGGUCGUUGCAAGUGGAAUUAUGGCCGGUGUUGUCGUCAGAGCAGAACCAGUUGCUGCAUUUGAUCAUAGAAGAAUUAAGUCACUUAGAUUUUAAUCUCUGA